AUGUUCGACGUCAGUCCAAGCAAGCUCAAAAAUCAUCACUUCGCCGGCGUAUCUGCCAGUAAGCGUGCGACCCACGCACUCGUACGCAUCGAUGGUUUUCACGUGCGUAGAUCCCUUAGCCACGAUUACGCUCGUAGAAUUUUGCGUGUGUUUUAUUAGUUUGAAAAAAUGCCAACAACCAGGUAGCCCACAAAGACUUCUCCACAAGGCUUUAUCUAUGCAACCUUUCGUAGAUUUUCCACGCACCUGCUAGAGUGCCCUCCUGUUUUAUAGCAAUAAGGGCAAAAAAUGCAUUUGAAUUGUCCUGCUCAAGCGGAUGUGCCCCAAAUGUAUUUGAACUAUAUGGAAUCCCAGAGCGAAAUCCUUAUCAACAUGUGGUAGACACGUACGUACCUUGGAUACCAGCGUCCAAUUUUCAAAUAAAUUGUGCAUAAAAUUUUGCGUCGCAUGCAUGCGAUUGCCCAAAAUAUUUGGAUACACGUCAAGGUCAAACCGGGAUUUUUGACGUCGAGACCGGCUGUCAGCAUUUAGGAAUUUCUGCUGGCCCGUUCUAAAGCUUUCACAAUGCUCUCUCUGCUAACUAACGAUGAUGGUUGCAUGUUGAGUUUCCCCUAGUUUUUCAAGUGCUGUAGCAGCACACCAUAUAACUAGAGAUUAUGGACCUAUUCUACACGAUUCAAAACACUUUUCUGAGCGCUAAAUUGUAAGAAUCACGAAGGAACUCAAGUAGCCACUUGGUAAACCCAUUAAACGGCGUCUACAGCAAGCAUAUGGGAGACGUGUAUCGACCGUUCAGCCAGUAGACACAUCUUUAACCUUAUUAAAAGCGCGCAGUAUUUCAAGGGCAUAACUGGUGUUAAGAUAUCUACGUAGGAGUUCUCAAAUAAAUCUGUGUGAAAGUUAGCAUAUAGCACGCCCGCAAUUCUGCUAACGUCGCCGUUUAUUUAAUCAAUCAGCAAACGACGUCUUUUCGGUUAAAAAGGGUAAGAGCGCAGUUCAUAGCCAGGCACUGAGAGUUGAUAUUGACCACGUACUUGUUAUUAGUAGGUGUGUUUCCCUUGUCAAGGAAACCCGUCAUCAGUAGGUGUGUUUCUACUGCGUUAGGCACGGCGUAUGGCAACCUAGAAUGUUCGUUACUUUUUAGACAAUCCGAGGAGCAGCCGACCGGAACGGAGAACAGCGUUAGUGGCACGAGAACUGGCGCGCUACAAGGUGGACAUCGCCGAGUUCAGCGAGACCCGUUUCUCCAAGCAAGGCCAACUGGAAGAGGUGGGUUCCGGCUACACCUUCUUUUGGAGCGGUCGACCCAGGGCAGAGCGACGAGACGCGGGUGUCGCCUUCGCCAUCCGGAACGACAUCAUGGGACGACUGCCCAGCCUGCCGCAGGGCAUUAAUGAUCGCCUGAUGAUCCUCCGUCUGCCUCUACGGGGUGGGGGCAAAUUCGCCACCAUCCAUAGCGCCUACGCUCCGCCGAUGAGCAGCUCCGACGCCACCGCAAAAGACAAAUUCUACAAGGACCUGCACGCUCUCUUGGCGACUGUGCCGAAGGCGGACAAUUUGAUUGGCCUUGGCGACUUCAACGUUGCUUCUGCAAAGACCAUACUGCCUGGAGAGGAGUGCUGGGUCUCCAAGGUCUACGCGGCUCCAAGGACAGUGCUCUGCUGCUUCUCCGCACCUGCGCAGAAUACCGCCUCAUCCUGA